AUGAACAGAAAUAGUACAGAUGAGCAAUACUUUCCCAGGAAAAGAGCUAGUAUAGAGGGUAUUGAGCCAGUUGUAGUAGGAGUUGUUAUCUGUUUAUCAGUCAUGGCACCUGUACAAAUGCAGAACGGAUUCUUGGUAGUACCGUUCUUACUACCAGAAGUGAAGAGUUUGAAGGAAAAAACGAGUAAGGCGCAUCACUAUAUGUUUGUGAGAAAGCAUCAGUCGAAGCUAGAUAACGAACAACAUUGCUUAUUUUUGGUUAACCUUCCACUAUUAACAAAGUUUGAGAAUCUUAAAAAGAACUUCCAAGAAAUCUGCCGCAAGUAUGAGAUGGUGUCGCAUGUACAGGGCCUAUUAUAUCAUGAUGAAUUCGGAUUGCAUGAUGUGGACCUAUCAUCUUUGACAUCUAGUUUAAUGAGUGUGGACGAUCCAAGUGAGAAAAGAUUCACUCCUAGAAAUACAUCGCUGUUGCAAUUUGUGGAUAAACAGUCCAUGGAGAACUGUUGGGAAGCAUUGAGAAAGUACUCAUCAAAUAAGAAACAAGAACAUAUUGUAUGGGAGUUCGAGUCUCCUUCAAUCGAAACAUUCACCGCAUUUUACCGUCCUUUGCCAUUAGAAUACUUGAAAGCUGAUAUCCAUGAGCACAUGGCUCUAUUUGAGCAAAGAGAACAACAGGCUCAAGAAGAAGUACAAUCCUCCAUCGUCGAUGAGGAUGGAUUUACUUUGGUGGUAGGAAAGAACACCAAGUCUUUAAACAGUAUAAGGAAGAAGAUCUUGAAUAGAAAUCCUCUCCUCAAGCAUGAGAAACCUAAGAAAAUGCCAAACAUGGUAGAUAAGAAGGCUAAGAAGGACUUUUAUAGAUUCCAAGUUCGUGAGAGAAAGAAGCAAGAAAUUAAUGAAUUGCUCUCGAAGUUUAAGCAAGAUCAAGAAAGAAUAAAGGAAAUGAAGAACAAGAGACGGUUCAAUCCUUACACUUAG